AUGGAGAAGCUUUGCCUUUAUGGAUUUCCAAGAGAGCAGUGGGAAGUCAACUUACCUGCGGAAGAGGUGCCACCUGAGCCUCCAGAACUUGCCCUCGGCAUCAUUUUUGCCAGAGAUGGGAUGCAAGAGAAGGACUGGUUGUCGAUGGUUGCAGUUCCACCAUUGAUGAAGUUGAGAACAGAGUGCCCGUCGAACCACCACGAGGAGGAGGUGGAGGAGGACACGCGGGCGCCGGGGGAGGACGGGGCGCUGGGAAAUUCUAAAUGCUGUCCAAAUUUUUUAAUACAAGCUACGAACGAAAUGGCCGCGAACCUCUUCACUCCAUGCCAGAUGGGCAAGUUCGAUCUCUCUCACAGGAUAGUGCUAGCACCUUUGACGAGAUGCAGAGCGAUCAAUGGGAUUCCAUUGCCGGUGCAUGCAGAGUACUAUGCGCAAAGAACGACCAAGGGUGGUUUUCUCAUCACCGAAGGCACCCUCAUCUCUGACACGGCCGCUGGGUUUCCAGGUACUCCUGGGAUUUACACUGAAGAGCAAGUCAAAGCAUGGAAGAAGGUGGUGGAUGCUGUUCAUUCCAAGGGCGGCAUCAUCUUCUGUCAACUUUGGCACGUUGGUCGUGCCUCCAACCGUGUUUAUCAACCUGAUGGAGGUGCUCCGAUUUCAUCGACAAAUCAAUCCAUCUCCAAUAAAUGGAAAAUCAUCAUGCCCGACGGGACUCUCGAUGUUCCUCACAAACCAAGAGCUCUCCAAACACACGAAGUAUGGCAGGUUAUCGAGCAAUAUCGCCAAGUAGCUGCAAAUGCCAUUCGAGCAGGUUUUGAUGGUGUUGAGGUGCAUGGAGCACAUGGCUAUCUCAUUGAUCAAUUCUUAAAGGACUCAGUCAAUGAUAGAGUAGAUGAAUUUGGAGGAUCAAUUGAGAAUAGAUGCAGAUUCUUGAUGGAGAUCAUCAAAGUGGUAGCAGGAGAAGUUGGCACUGAUCGAACGGGAGUUAGAAUCUCACCAGUGAUUGAACACAUGGAUGCCACAGACUCCGAUCCACUCAAGCUAGGCCUAUCGGUCAUCGAGAGAUUGAACAAGUUCCAAAAUGAGAUAGGCUCCAAACUCGCAUAUCUCCAUGUGACUCAACCUCGAUACACAAUCAAUGGCACGAAGAAUUACGGCAAACAAGAGGAGGAUGAAGAAGCUCGAUUGAUGAGAACUUGGAGGAGAGCUUAUCAAGGUACUUUCAUGUUGAGCGGCGGCUUCACACGAGAGCUCGGGAUGAAGGCUUUGGCUGGAGGAGAUGCGGACUUGAUAUCGUAUGGUCGACUCUUCAUCUCUAACCCUGAUUUGGUCUACCGAUUCAAGGUGGAUGGACCAUUGAAUGGUUACAACAGAGAUACAUUUUAUACUCAAGAUCCAGUUAUUGGUUACAUAGAUUACCCAUUUCUUGACCAAGAAAAUGGGGAAGUGACACACUAG